CUGAAAACAGCAUGAGGACGCUUCAGGAAAAGAUCAUUAUCCUCUCUGUUUUUCUAUCCCUUAUAUGUCUGACUCAGGUCAAUGCACUACCUGUUCCUGACGACUGGAAUGGCUUGAUCCAGAGGACAAAACGAUCACUGCUGUGGCGUUGGAACAGUAUGAAACCUGUUGGAGCGAGCUGCAGAGAUCCUUCAGAGUGUGGUACGAAACACUGCAGGAGAAACAAAUGUUCCUUUUGACACUCCAUCUCUGCAAAAGAACCAGAAACACAACUCUGAAACAAAUGGACCAAACUGUGUGAAAUUUCCCUUCUACUGAAAGAUUUGAGGGAUUCCUUUUUUUUAUUUUUUCAAUACCCUUUAUGCCCCUCUGGAGGAACUUUAGCCACAGAAAGAAAAACAAAGCUGUAAAACCAUCUUCCACGUGUCAGCCUCAUCACUGGACAAGUUGUGUAAUCUGAAUGUAUGUUUGAUAAGAAAAUACAAACGUUCU